AAAGCUACCUGUGUUCCAUGUGUAUGGAGGAGAUUUACUGUGUACCCUGUGACCACAAAUCUGACAUCUCUAAAGGCUUGCUUUCGAUAGUUUCAUUUAACUAUAAAACCAUGCUCAUGGCAAUGCUACACGGUACUCUUCAUCUGUGCAAGAGCAAAUGGCUGUUCGUCUUCCUUGUGUUCAAGCUCCAGUCGCACCAUCUCUCAAGCGCUGUGUGUCGCGGCCUCCGCCAGUUAGAGCUCAGAGAUUCGGAGAAGAAGAAGGGAUAUCAUCGUCCAGCAAUCUGGUCGAUGCGAAUUUGAGCGCCCUAAGGAAGCGGAUCGCUGAAGCGAAGACGAAGGAGAGACUGGAGAGGUGUUGCAAAAGCGAGCUCGGGUGGAACUACGCUACGUCCGGAUGCUACUCCAUAUCCAAGCGUAGAAAAGACGCCAAGAGGCCAGAGUUGUUUGGACUCCUACUCUUAGUUUGCCGAAAUAUCGGCCUAACAAACAUUGCCUGUGCAUUCUUCCUUUGCUUAGCUUCCAUAUUCAUUCAUUUUAGUCAACUUCUCGACCCUUUCUUGUAA